CCUACACGCAUAUCCAUCUCAGCACCACAAAUUCAUGAAUAUCUCCCCCAUCCCAAUCAUUUGUCUCAGAUCAUCCUGCCACUAUAACUCUACUACGGAGUACAAGCGUAAACCACCGGGCCGGGCUCAACUAGGCCGGCCGGCUAUCCCAUGUCACCCAUGGCGUCCUCCACCACCAAACGCGCGCUGCUCCUCCUGCUCGCCGUCCUCCUCCACGGCUGCCCCUGCUCGGCGGCGGCAGCGGCGGCCCACGGUGGGCGCGCCGGCGGCCGCAGCCCCGCCAUGGAGGAGCGGUUCCGGCGGUGGAAGGUGGAGUACAACCGGUCCUACGCCACGGCCGCCGAGGAGCGGCGACGGUUCCGGGUGUACGCGCGCAACGUGGCCUACAUCGAGGCCACCAACGCCGAGGCCGCGGCGGCGGGGCUCACGUACGAGCUCGGCGAGACGGCCUUCACAGACCUCACCAACCAGGAGUUCGCGGCCAUGUACACGGCGCCGGCGCCGCUGCAUGCGGACGGCGACGACGAGGACGCGCCGGCGGUGAUCACAACGCGCGCGGGGCUGGUCGACGCGGGCCGCCAGCUGCUGCCGCCGUACGCGAACCUGUCCGACGGCGCGCCGGCGAGCGUGGACUGGCGCGCCAGCGGCGCCGUCACGCCGGUGAAAAACCAGGGCCGAUGCGGGUCGUGCUGGGCCUUCUCGACGGUGGCGGUGGUCGAGAGUAUCUAUCAGAUCCGGACGGGGGAGCUGGUGUCGCUGUCGGAGCAGGAGCUAGUGGACUGCGACACGCUGGACGCCGGCUGCGACGGCGGCAUCAGCUACCGCGCGCUACGGUGGAUCGCCGACAACGGUGGCAUCACCACCGAGGCCGACUACCCGUACACGGCGGCCACGGGGGCCUGCGACAGGGCCAAGCUCUCGCACAACGCGGUGAGCAUCGCGGGGCUCCGCCGCGUCGCCACCCGCAGCGAGGCGUCGCUGGUGAACGCAGUGGCGGCGCAGCCGGUGGCCGUGUCCAUCGAGGCCGGCGGGGCCAACUUCCAGCACUACAGGAAGGGCGUCUACAACGGGCCGUGCGGGACCAGGCUCAACCACGGCGUCACCGUCGUCGGGUACGGCCAGGAGCCCGGCGGCGGGGACAGGUACUGGAUCGUCAAGAACUCGUGGGGGGAGGGCUGGGGCGACGGCGGGUACAUCAGGAUGAGGAAGGACGUCGCCGGCAAGCCGGAGGGGCUCUGCGGCAUCGCCAUCCGCCCGUCCUACCCACUGAUGUGACACCACUGAUGUGACAUGAUGUAUAUACAUCCUUUUUCCUUCUUCCAUUUUAGUCAACUUAUGAUCGAGUCAAACUUGUUUUUUUUUCGUUUUCUAUUACGUGUACCAGCAGUAUACUCUUUUUUUUUAGCAAACCAGCAGUACACUCUUUAAUUAGUAACAUAUCAUACGUGUAAAUCUUCUCUUGUGCGAAAACGACAUGCAAAUGAAGGUACAUGUACAUUGUGUGUCACUAUCACUGGUCGCUUCAACCGAGAAUGUAAAGAAGUGAUUAUAUAUGAAACUCAGAGCAACACACGAGUAUGAUCGUA